ACUGACAACAUAAAAGUGCAUUUUUGUUAUCACAAAAUAAAUUGCAUCGGAAAUUUGUAAUUUUAAUUUUUCAUAAAAAAGUGAUUGUAAUCAACGUAGAAUGUGAGGAAAAUGGGUUCGAAGAAUCUUUUCAGUAAGCACCUUCCAAACAUCAAACUGGCCACUCGUUUCGACGCUGAUGGCAAUGAGAUUCAGGUGGAACGUCGCGAAGAUGAGGAACAGAAGCGCAAGGAGCAGGAAAUCAUCGACAUCCUGGUGGGGGCCGGGUACUACCGGGCGCAUAUCCAGGGUUUGUCCAUCUUCGACAAAAUCGUCGGCGGAAUGACCUGGUGCAUCGAGGCUUGCGAUUACGACGUGGACGUAGAUCUGCUCUUCCACGAGAAUCUGACCAUCGGACAGAAGAUCUCCCUAACGGAAAAGAUCGUCGUGGUCCUACCGAAGAUGAAGUGUCCCUUCCAGCUGGAACCGCACCAGAUUCAGGGUCUAGAUUUCAUCAACAUCUACCCGGUGGUGGAGUGGUUGGUCAAACGGUCAGCCGAAAAUCGCAGCGAAAAGGCCGAAAAGCUGAAGAAGCUAGCGGCGUCUCAGUUCCAAAAUCACUUCACGCUUCAAUCGGACCGAGAAGCCAAGCAAGUGCACUCGAAGCAGCUGGAGAAUCUCCGAACGGUUGAGGAUAGAUACAUUCCGAAAAGGCAGUUCAGACGCACGGAGAAGGGUCCGGACGAUGUUAUGAGCCGGGUGAGGAUCACCCUAAUGGAGUACGGAACGAGGGACUUUUCGGUAAAGACGAAUGUGGACAUUGCCGAGGUGGACGAUGCCCAUGAUUCCGAGGAUGUGUUUGAGGGCAUCCUGCAAAGGACGGAACAGGAGCUUGAUUUCGAUAAUUUGUUCAAAACUUUAUCAGUUGCAAAAGAGCAAAACAUUUCGGUUGAACUGACGGACGCUGAAAGAAGCGCCCUGAAUCAGCACUACGAGGAUCUUAAACGAGAGAUGUCGAUCGACACCAGCCAGUUGUCCGAGCAGAACAAGAUCAAAACGAUUCUAGCCACGAAGUUAGCUCUGGAGAAAAAGCUAGACCGCGUCAAGGCUUCAAAUGGCAAGCUGAAGGAAGCUUUGCAGCAGGAACAAUUAGACUUGGAUGAGAUGAAGAAUCUCAAAGGCUCCCUGGAGGGGGAAAUCCAUAAUCUAGAUAACUUGGAAAUCGACGAGAAGAACCAGAAAAUUCUGGCUCACGUUCAGGAGUUGAUCAAAAACGAAAGGAUGAAACAACUGGAGACGGAAUUUAAGGAACAGUGCAAGAAGGAGUUGGCUGAUCUACAAGAGAAAAUUUUGAAAGCCGAAACUUCCACCCCAGACGAAGACAUAAUCGAAUAUCAGAAGCAGUUGGAGGUCGAACAGGAACGUUUGAAAUCCUUACGUCUGCAGCUGGCCAAGAAAAACCGUGCCUAUGUUUCCAUCAAUCGCCAGCUAGAUAACAUUCCAGAUCGUACUGAGCUGGCUCAGUAUCAGAGAAGAUUCCUCGAGCUUUAUAAUCAAGUCAGUGCAACACAUCGCGAAACGAAGCAGUUCUACACUCUGUACAACACUCUCGACGACACCAAGCUAUACCUGGAGAAGGAAAUGUCGCUGCUGAACUCGAUCUACGAAAACUACGGCAACGCCAUGCAGUCGUUCAACUCGCGGGAGCAAUUUGUGCAACAGUUCGAAACGAUUGUCGAAGGCAUCCGCAACAAUAAGGCUAAGGUCAAAACGAAGUGCGAUGACGAACGUGCCAAACGGGAUGGCUUGAAUGCGCAGCUUUUGUGUCUAGUCGAACAGCAGCGCAAAUAUGCUACAACCGUAAAACAGUUGACCGCUGAGUGCCAACGGAACGAGGCCCUGUUGCGACGCCACCAGCAACUGCAAGCAGAAGUCGACCGAAGCGAAUAAUUUCCAUACCUAAGUUUAGUCCUAUCCCAAUGCUAUCGAAAUAUAAUCACAAACAGAGAUGAGAUUUGAA